AUGCAGCGCCAGGGACAGGUUCCGCAGAGGCUGGCGCGUUCCGGGCCGUUAUCCACGGGCGCUCGGAUCAGCCAGGGCCGGCCUGGCCCCUCGCGGGCGUCGGAGAGAGCUGGGCACGACCACGUUGGCUCGCCUUCUCAGAUCGAUGACCACUUCGCUGGAAUGUCCAUCGCCGCGCGGGGGUCCCGCAGCGGCUACAGCGGGGCUCGGGCGAGCUCGGCGCUGCACCUCGAAGCGGGCUCGACGGCCUUCCCCGAGCCGCGAAACGAGACGUUCGGCCUCCUUGUCACCGCUGAAGCAGAUCGCCUGUGCAAGGAGCACGGCUGGGAGUGCGUCGAGAGCGCGGACGGCUCCGAGACGGGAGGCUUCCAGGGCAGGACGUGGAGCCUUCCGGACAGCGACUCGGAGCGCUCGUUCGACGACGGCCCGACGAUCGUCCACCUGCGCGAGGUAAAUAUCACCGACCACAUCUACGCCGACGACGAGGGCGCGCUGGCGGUCGACUUCAGCGACGACUGGGGGCAGAUUGGGUGCGUGGACGAUGGCAGCGACGAGGUCGUGGCCCUGCGGUCCCCGGCGCCGUUCGACGUCGACGCGAUCAUCGGCUCGCUGGACCUCGCGAUCGACCGGUCGGUCGCGGCGCUGCCCGGGCCCGCACGCGACUGCGUGGAGGAGCUCGUCAAUGACGAGGAGCUCCAGAAGCAGGUGGAGCUGCGCCUGAUGCGCAACCUGGCGCGGCGCCUCCACAUCGUCGGACCGAACGGCACGCCGCCGCCGUCCCUGCCGUCGACGUCGUCGUCGCGGAGCGAGGGCGAGCGCCGGGGGCCGCCGUUCGGAGGGCUGUUCGGCCACAUCGGACGCGUGGCGCGCAACGUGGGCGACGGCCUCCGCGACGCCCUGCUCAACAUCAAGCGCGCGUUCGAGGGCCCGGAGCAGCCCGACGUCCAGGAGCCGCAGGAGCUCACGGCGGAAGAGGCACAGGCGCUGCGUCGGGAGAUGUUCGUUCGCCAGGUCACGCAGGCGGCGGUCAUGGUGCUGUCGAUGAUGCUCCUGAAGCGCUUCGUCCUGCGCUUCCGCUUCCCCGUGCCGCUGUAG